GCCUAAUCUCUUCAGUCUAUCGUUUUGUUUUCUCACUUAUGGGCGCAGAAAAGGAUGCAGGCCGGGCAAGAAUGUAAUGGUGAUCACAAUGCUGAUGGCUGCCAACGAUCAGCUGCAAUGGUCUAGCCGCAACCUUAUCUGAGCUGUGAGAAGGGAGCGCUGAAAAACGGUUAGAAAUAGAGAGGCGUGCAGCUGGCACACGGAAAUCUCUGGCUACUAUAUUCAGCAAUGAACCACCAUGCCGUCUAUCAGGAGACAUGCUCAACUUGACGACUGAACCCACCGCAUAUGUGCUGCCAGCAAACCCAUCUCAGCAAUGCUUCAUCUAGUAGCUUACAUGCGGUAGCUCUACUUUCUUGUGCGCUGGUGGCCACAUUGAGCUUCUUUGGUGGCAUAUUGACCUUUUGAUUAGUGUGGCCAUAUGUAGCAACCCCUCCCUCAAGAUGGCAGAUGAAUCUGCAGUCGCUCUUCGAUGCAUUGAGUGCAGCAAUGUGGUCCCCAGUCUUUACCAGGAAUACUCACCCGGCAACAUCAAGCUCACACGCUGUGACCGCUGCCAUUGUUAUGCUGACGAGUACGUCGAGCACGAGAUGAUGGUUGUCUGGAUCGACCUCGUCUUGCAUAGGGAGAGAGCAUACCGUCACCUCCUCUUUAACGUCCCUCUUCAGCACCGGCAAAACCUGAAGGGGUACCUCUGGAAGUCGACAAUCGCUAUCCUCCUCCUUGAUUCAGGAAAGAGGUGGUUGCAUGAUCACAAAGCAACGACGAUCUUCGACGGCCCAAUCUGGCCAACUUUGUCUAGCUUCUUCCGGUGUUUCCUAACGGAGCUCGUGCUGGGUACCCUUCCGUACACCGCAGUCAUCCUCCUCCUUGUCCACCACUGGAAGCUGGCUCCGAAGCGCAGGUGGUUAGACGUCCUCUUGGCCGUCCAUGUCUCCAGCUUCUUCAAGCUGUUCGCGAUUCCUAUGCUGAUUUGGAGGUUCGAGCGGGCGAUGGUCGUACUCCUCGACUUCUUUGUUCUGACUUCAAACGUCACGGCCCUAAAAGUGCUUCUAGAGACGUCAUACCCUUGCGCCGGGACCUUGGUGAUUUGUGCAAGUCUUUUACACCUUCCAUUUAAUGGAGUAUCCUGGUAUGCAUCAAAGUCGUGAUCUUGGAUUGUCCAAUUCUUAAAAUCCAACAUAGAAUAUUAGGUGUAAAACGUAUGUAGAUAUUAGGUCCGGUCCUGCCAGCACACGUUCAAGCAAUCUGUGCCGCCAUAUAUGCAGCAUCUUAGUGCAUGAGCAGUCAACUCUGUGGUCAGCAGCGCUCAUUGUACGCCCCAUCUUACAAGAGCGUUGCUCAUGGUACCACGUGGCAUAGGGUGUUGAUAUCAAGUACGGUAAGUGACAUCCUGCACUAUUUUGGUCUUGUCGUCAGGCUUGCUUCAGGAUUCUUCAAUCUGUCAGGAACAAACGCCCAAGUACGUUCACACCACCAGUAUAGGCUGGACAUUUCGGUUUGCAUGCAGACACCUUUGCUCGGUAUGCCAUAUACCAUAUAUACGUUACUGAGCGCGACCUACUGUGCACUCAGUUGAUCGCUUGCACACUGC